AUGAGCCGCCGCCGUUCCCCGCCGUCGGCGCCCCCACUGGACGACGAGGACCUCCUCCGGGAGAUCCUGCUGCGCCUCCCUCUGCAGCCAUCCUUCCUCGCCCGCGCCUCCUCGGUCUGCACGCGCUGGCGCGGCAUCCUCUCCGACCCCCAAUUCCGCAAACGCUUCCGCAGACACCAUGGGAAACCUCUGCUCCUCGGCUUCUUCGCGGGGCCUGUUUCCAGAGAGCACAUCUUCACUCCCGUCCUGGACUCGCCGGACCGCAUCCCUGCCGCACGCUUCUCCUUGACCAUGCCACAGAGCCGCGGCCCCUUCGACCGCUGGGACUUGGUUGGCUGCCGUCACGGCCUCGCCGUCCUGAUCAACAAGUGCCGGGAAGAGGUUGUCGUAUCGGAUCCCCUGACCGGCCGGCAGCAGCGCGUGCGUUUUCCACGGGGGCAUGUGCAUGGCGAUUGCUUAUCGAGCCCGUUCAAAUUGUUCUUGAUACGCAAUGGAGACAUGCGGACAUUAGGCUCUCUCUACGACUCGGUGUCUGGUGUUUGGGGAAAUAUUUUCUCGGCGACUACAAAUAGUAUCUGUAGUAUAAGGUCCAGCAUCUUUGCCGGGAAUGCACUUUGCUGGUUGAUUUCGGGAGGUGCUGUCCUUGUGUUUGAUUUGGAAAUGCAGAACCUUAGUGUGAUCGAGAAGCCAGCAGAAAACCAUGUUGUCGCUAACUCGUGUUUUCAGCUAGUACGGAUGGAGGAUGGCGGACUUGGCCUCGCUGUUUUGUCGAAACUUACUAUCCAAUUAUGGGUGAGGAACACUAACCAUGAUGGUGUUGUUGGAUGGGUGUUGCUGCAGAAAACCAUUCCACUGGACGGGAUGUUUAAACGGAGAAUGUGUAGUGACCAAAAAGGGGCACUCUUUGUGGGGUAUGAUGAGGACACAAAUGUGAUUGUUCUGACUACAAUGAUUGGCAACUUCAUGCUCCAACUUGACUCGAUGCAGCUCAAACAUAUUAUUAAAAGAAAUGACAUAUGUUUCGACACCUUUUAUCCCUACACGAAUUUCUAUACUGCAGGUAGGAGAAUUGCUGGUGGAGAUGGUGGAGCUGAAAAUGCAAACACAUGA